AAGAUGGCGGAACAUGAAGCGAUGUUUUGUUUGUAAAGAUCUCUAGUUUUAAGCUAGUACAGUUAAUUGUUUGCUUCGUGAUUUACCGUUAUUAUGAUUUGAGCAAUGGACAAGUCGUCAUCGAGUGUUAAACUACCUAACCUAGAGAAGAAAAGUUCGCCGGUAGGAGAUGGUGACAGAGAGAGAUUCCACGCAAGAAACUGGAAAGCUCUGAGCAAGAAGGAGAUCCAGAAGUUGCCGCCACAGCAAAGGAGUAAAUACCUUGCUUAUGAGCCUGCCCCUAAAGAAUGUGGUGAAGCUAUGUCUGCAGCAAGAAAAAGAUUAAAAGACUUGGAAAAGUCAAGACGAAAACAACAGAAACCCCCACCUAUUGAGGAAGUUAUUGAAAAUGAAAAGCACACAAAGAUAAUAGGACAACUAAAAGCUGCUGAGGCAAGAAACAGAAUAAGGCUCAUGAGACUCCGAUAUCAAAACAACAGGAGUUCGGAAGUUACACAUUUGAUUUCCUGCCAGCCAACAGCACUCAAAGCUGUUCGUCUGCAAAGUUUAGUUCCUCCCAACCCUGACAAGAUCUACAUCAGGGAUUUGUUGGUCAAAAACGAACGGUAUCGAGUAAACAGCUUGCUGGAAGAUGAAACCGGAUUAGAAACCGCGCGAUUACUCACGUGACCCAAAGCAGAGUCUAACUCUGAUUGGCGGAGAAUGAAGCUUGAUCACGUGCUCUUUGCGUGUGCACGUGAACGACCUUAAAGCGAACUAUAAAGACUUCCGUGCAAAACAAGAGACUCCUUUACGAAAAAGUGAAACGAUGAAUUUGGUGUUGUGGUAUUUUAUUUCGUCCUCUCCCUCACUCACUACUUACUUAACCUGAUGUCUUUUAAGUAUGUAAUAUACAUCAAGGAUGUAAACUCUUUUUUAUAGAAAACACAUUCUUUAACUACUGUACGGUUCAUACAAUGUCAAUAUUUUUUUUUUUUGGGUGUACAUAAACCCGUAACAACGUUCAUUUACCUUAUCAAUAAAUAUAUAUGGGUUUUAACAA